CCCGACAGCUAGGUCGAAGCUCCCCUCGACCCAUCUGCCUCCGUCAUCUCUCCACAUCCUUCGUGAACAUCGUCUACCUUUGUUCUGCUACUCACUGCAUCACUUUUGCGCUCGUCUGCUGCACACGCUCAUCUCCGUGUGCCUUUGUUUUCCCACAUCUCCAUCUGCCCACCAGCCACAAGUUCUUGAAUCAUGCCGGGGGUUCGUAAGUACAAUCCCCAUUCACCCUCAGUGUCUCCCUGGCGCCUAUUCCACCGUCACCUGUGAUUGCGACCACGCACACCUGCUCUCAUGCACAUAUUUCCUUCCUACCAUUGCCCCAUUGCCACACCAAUCCACGCACCCCACCUCCUCUCCAAGACUCGCCAUCUAACGCAUUCCCUGCCCCAGCGCUCGACGCCAUGGACCAGAUGAAGAAGGCCCUCAAGGGCAUCUUCAAAGGCAAAAAGUCCAAGAAGGAUGAGUUCGAGCCCGAGGAUUCCCAGCACGCUGCCGCUCCUGAGACGGCCACACCAUCCAAUGCCGCGACCAAACCUAGCGAGACGACGCCUGCAGCUUCCGCCCCCGCUACUGCGCCUGAGGCCGCGAAGACGGAGACAUCGACUGCUCCCGCUGAACUGCCUCAGCCUGCUGAGCCCGCCGCUGCUCCUGCCGCUGCUCCAGCUGCGGCCCCGGCCCAAGGCGAAAGCAACAAGGACGAAGCUGCUGCACUGACCUCGGUCAAGAAAGCCACGCAGAGUAGGUCAACAUCUCGUUCAAUCUCUACUCCACAACACUACCACGAUCAAAAUGCCUGGGACGGGUCCAGGCGACGGAUGAAAGUCGCCCUGGACAACCAGUGGAAUGAUCCCAUCUAGGCGUCAGCAAGCUCUCC